AUGAUCGCUAAUGACCUCAAUCACUACCAGAAUCUUUCCUUCGUUCUUGAGGGAAUUCACCGCGUCAAAUUCGAAGACCGGCCAAUCCCAGAGAUAAAAGAUCCUCACGACGUACUGGUGAACGUCAGGUUCACUGGUAUAUGUGGUAGUGAUGUUCAUUAUUGGGAACAUGGCUCCAUUGGCCAAUUUGUCGUCAAGGACCCUAUGGUUCUGGGACACGAAUCUUCCGGUAUUGUCAGCAAGGUUGGCUCUGCCGUUACCAGUCUAAAGGUAGGAGACCGCGUUGCGAUGGAGCCAGGAAUCCCAUGUCGCCGCUGCGAACCAUGCAAGGCGGGAAAAUAUAAUCUUUGUGUGAAAAUGGCUUUCGCAGCGACACCUCCAUACGACGGUACCCUGGCCAAGUAUUACGUCCUGCCCGAGGACUUUUGCUAUAAGCUUCCUGAAAGCAUCACCCUACAGGAGGGUGCACUUAUGGAGCCCCUUAGUGUUGCCGUCCAUAUCGUCAAACAGGCUGAGAUAAACCCGGGUCAAUCAGUGGUAGUCUUCGGUGCUGGCCCGGUUGGACUUCUCUGCUGUGCUGUGGCGAAGGCUUACGGUGCGUCCAAGGUUAUCGCAGUUGAUAUUCAGAAGGGUAGGCUAGAGUUUGCCAAGAAGUACGCAGCAACGGCCACGUUUGAGCCAGCUAAAGCCGCGGCGUUGGAGAACGCUCAACGGUUAAUAGCCGAAAAUGAUCUAGGCUCGGGUGCAGAUGUUGCCAUUGACGCGUCAGGAGCGGAGCCCUCGGUUCAUACAGGCAUUCACGUUCUGCGUGCUGGGGGAACAUAUGUCCAGGGCGGUAUGGGCAGAAGCGAAAUUACCUUCCCAAUAAUGGCGGCUUGCACCAAAGAACUGAACGUCAAGGGCAGCUUCCGUUAUGGGAGUGGUGACUACAAGCUUGCAGUCUCCUUAGUAGGCACGGGAAAGGUAAACGUGAAGGAACUGAUCACGGGUGUCGUCAAGUUCGAGGAUGCCGAGCGAGCAUUUGAAGGGGUUAAAGCUGGAAAGGGCAUCAAAACGCUUAUUGGUGGUGUCGAUUCAUAA